AUGUGUCAGCGCCGUUAUGUCGACGAUGUCCUCAAGCGCUUUGGAAUGGAUGAGUGCAAGGCUGUGGCAAGUCCGGUGGACGUCAGCUCUCGACUGGUUCCAAGCAACUCUGCAAGCAAGGUGAAUGUCCCAUUCCGUGAAGCAGUGGGUGCUUUGAUGCAUCUGACGACUGCAACGCGACCGGACAUCGCCUAUGCUGUAAGCUUUGUGUCACGGUUCAUGGAGAAACCCCAAGAAGAACACUGGGUUGCAGUCAAGCGCAUCUUCCGCUACCUACAAGGCACCAAGAUGCAUGGAAUCUGCUACAAGCCAAGUGCGAAGAUCGACUUUCGUGGCUAUUCAGAUGCAGACUGGGCCGGUGACCUUGCUGAUCGCAAAUCGACGUCCGGCUACGUCUUCAUGCUAUUGGGUGCUCCGGUGAGUUGGGGCAGCAAGAAACAGCCAAGUGUGUCACUGUCUACAAGCGAAGCGGAGUACAUCGCGCUCAGCCUGGCGAUCCAAGAAGGCAAGUGGAUCAAUCGCUUGCUGUGCGAGAUCAUGGCGGCUGCAAACGAAGAAGGACCCGAGCUCGUCAUCCGUGAAGACAACCAGUCGUGCAUCAAGAUGACGAAGAAUCCGGUCAACCACGGCCGCGCUAAACACAUCGACAUCAAGUACCAUCACAUCCGUGAUGAAGUCAAGCGCGGCGAAGUGAAGCUUGAAUACUGCGAGACGACGUUGAUGUUGGCGGACAUCAUGACGAAGGGACUUCACGGACCGCGUCACAAGGACUUGACGGCGGCGCUUGGCAUCCGUGCGUGUUCGGAUUGA